CCGGAAACGAAGAAGAAGCUUAGUUCCGACCAUAGGCAGUCAUUCUUGUCAUGGCUGAAGCUGGAGGUGACAAGCCAUCCGCCGAUCCUGGCCCAAGCUCUUUAUCUCGGGUUUUGAGAAUCAGUCAGCUGGAUGCUUUUGAACUGGAUGGGGCACUGGAACAGCUUGUUUGGUCACAGUUCACCCAGUGUUUCCAGCAUUUCAAGCCUGGGCUUCUGACCCCUGUGGAACCAGAACUGAAAGCCCUGCUACAGCUUCUCCUGUGGAGGUUCACAGUCUACUCAAAUAGUGCCACAGCGGGCCAAUCGCUUCUCAACAUACGCUACAAAGACGUUCUGGUAUCGGGACCGAAGUAUAGGCCCAUAAGCCGACAGAAGAAACUGUGGUUUGCUCUGCUAACUAUAGGUGAUAAGUGGCUGAGGGAACGUUCCCAUAGUUUGUUCCUCAGCCAGCCUGCGGAGUCCAACAUCCACAAUGCCGGAAAACUGCUGUCCGUCAUCACGGGUUUCAUGAAAGCAGCCAGUCUGGUCAACUUUCUUCUCUUCCUCCAGACUGGAACCUAUCCUACCCUAACAGAAAGAUCGUUGGGAGUGCAACCUGUAUUCAUCCGAUCCCAAGGACCGCGGGACGUUAACUUUCAAUACCUGAACCGAGAGCUUUUGUGGCACGGAUUUGCAGAAUUCCUCAUUUUCCUGCUACCUCUCAUUAACGUGUGGAAGCUGAAGGCUUGCCUGUCCACCUGGUUCUCCCCUGUAAAGGAACUGAAGGAAGGAGGUUCAGCGGACACCUUUUACAAGGAGUGUGCCAUCUGCGGGGAGUGGCCCACCAUGCCCCACUCAAUCGGCUGCGCCCAUGUGUUCUGCUACUACUGCCUAAAGAGCCACACCAUUGCAGAAGUCUCCUUUACCUGUCCUAAAUGCGGUGUGGAUGCGACGGGAACAAUCCAGCCGGUCAUGCUUCAGAUAGAGAUGACUGAGUUGCAUCAGAGUCGAGUUCCCGCAGGAAGACCGUGAUUGACUUGAUCUUGAAUUCUCUGCUGUAUGUGUAUUUCAAGUGUCGAGCGUUUGAGUCGAUCACAGAGAUUGGUUGAUGAAAGCACACGGCUCGUGCCUUUUUACUGAAACGAGAGUAUUUGUUGCCAUGAAAUAUGCAGGGUUUUGUACAAAGACUGACUGGAGACGAACUUAAUGAUGUAAAAUUCUCAAACAACAUCGUUUGUGUCGCUAAUUUAUUCAUCCUCAUUAAAGUUUGAUAAAUAAAGUGUAUCAGAGGUCCACUUUUCGGAGUUCUCGGAUGGAGCGCUGAGCAAAUGAAUAAACAUCAAAACAACCCUUUGCUCAACAGCCUGCACGAUCCAAUUCCCCUCAUCCCUUAUGAAGUGAAAAAUUUGCACAAGAUCAAGGAGAGGCCAUGAUAGCACCGGGGGGCUAGUUGGGUUGGAUGCAGAUUGACAGACAUUCCAUUAUAAUCUCCUUCGCCCUUCUUAAUACGCCAGUAAACUGUAACAAACUCAAGUAGGACCAGUGCACAUUUUCAAGCAUAUUAUACUCUAAGCCUAAUAAUGACUGCAAAGAUGGGUAUUUAUUCUAAUGUUAACUCUCUCCAGUGAGCCAUGCCUCGGGCCAAACACAUCCGAAUAGCCUGCUGGAAUCUCUCACUUUGUUUUUUUGACCACAUUGACUUAAUUGACCAUUGUGCAGGCAGUCACUUCUCUGGGCACGAGGGGUCCUGUGGUUUUCUGUGUUUUGUAAUCGCCUUUGUUCACAUGUGCCAUGUUCAAAUUUGGAAGAAGACACACAGGACCGCUCUGCCCUUGUGUGUGUUCACUGAUGUUAUGCGACAGGACCACCACGAAGUCUAGUUCUCACCAUAUCCAGUACUGUGCAAGUUUACUCAUGCACUCGGUUAAGAAAUGUUCAAAAGAUACUUAAUGUGAAACAGAAUACAGUUAUAAGCUUUGUUUUGUUUCACAGGAUUAAAGGAAUUAGCCGCCACUGUUCUGGAAAUGUCCUGCAGUUAUUCUCUCCUGUUUACAGUAUGCACAACAUAUGGUACUGGGUUUUUUUACAACUACACCAGGUCCAAGAAUAAACCGUUAUUGCUUCAGAGGUUUAUUUCAGGACUGAACAUUACUUUUAAUAUUAAAAGUAUCUUUAUUUAAUCUUAAAACACACAUUAUAAUACACAAAUCGGGAUAUUGUACAGUAUAGAUUCAAUAUACUCAUCAGUUUUAUGUACAGUACUGUGCAAAAGUCUAAAGCCACCACCAGACUUGUUGUUUUAGAGGUUUUAAUGUCCAUUCAUAUUAAUCUAUUUUAUUAAGAUACAAACAGAAAAUAUAGGAAAUAUGUACAAAAAAUAAAAACAAACAUUUUCAGGACUAAAUGUCUUCUUUAGGCAUUGUUAGUGUUUAGUGUGACCUCUCUUGGCAUUAAACACAUCUUGAGAGUUUUUGAGCGGAAUGAAGUAAAAAGACUCAUUUCUUUCUUUCUAUAAUUAGAAAUUAGGAUUUAAUUUUAUUUAGGUUUAAGAGAUCUGUAGUUUUCUGUAACUGUUUAAGUGGAAGGGGAGUUUACCCUAAAAACGUACAUCUUACAUUUAUUAGUGCUGGGCAAAGAUUAAUCGCAUACAAAAUAAAAGUGAUUUGUAAUAUAUUGAUUUGUGUGUGCUGUGUGUACUUAUUAAGUAUAUAAAUAACACGCACAUUCAUGUAUGUAUUUAAAAAACAAAAAUUUCAUGUGUAUUACAUUAAUUACACACAGCACACAUAUAUUGUGCAAAAAAUAACUUUUUUUGUAUGCGAUUAAUCUUUGCCCAGCACAAAUUUUUAUAGAGUUUUUAAAACUAUUUUCUGUAUGUAUUAUAUUAAAAAGACUGAGAAACAAUUAUAUAUGAUCACUAUAACAUUGCAAAAACAACAAAUCUAAUUGUGGAAUUGUGGCCUAAGACAGUACAGUGUGUAUAUAUUUAUGAUUACAGGAAUGCAUAUAUGUAGAAAUUGAAAUGAAAUAAGAGUGAGCAGACAAAAAAUUUCAAAAAUUGUAGCGUUCACUUAAAAAUUUUAAGGCAGCAAUAUUUUAUUUAAUCCUUCAAGUACAUUCAAUUGGCUGUGCCAUUUCAACUUACCUGUACUAUUUUAAAUUUUAAGCACACAGUAAAAACAUUCCUUGUUGCACUUACAUUUUUAAGUUUAAUCAACUUAACUUGCAAUAAAUUAUAAAAAUGCUAAUUCAACUUUAUUGUUCCUCUAUUUUUAUAUUUUAAGUGCAACAAGGACUUAGUCAGUGUAGCUUUUCUAACCUAUUUCAACUUUUUUUGAGUUAAAGUUAUGUAA